UGGAUGCCAUGGUGGAAGUAAUAAGGUGUGCUCGUAUUGCGGACACAUUUUCGUCUGUUCUGCGUAUCGUGACAAAAAUCGUCCAUUUUGAACUCAUACAAACAGAUUCUUGUGUCGGUGUGUUUCCGUGAGUUAAUACACAGUCAAAAGUGCAAAAUUCGUAAAUAAUGCCGUCGUGUUCAAUAAAAAAUUGUAAAAACAACACACGAAAUGCAAAAAACCGAAACAUUACUUUUUUGGGAUUUCCCAAGAAGACGGAAAUGAUAGAAAAGUGGAAAGUUUUCUGCAAAGAGAACAUUAACCCUACUUCUGUUUGUUCAGAACAUUUUCUACCUGAUCAAUUCGAAGAUAAGACAUGGCUUAAAAAUUUAGUAGGAGACUCGGGAAGAGUCUCAAAAAAACUACUUCCUGAUGCGGUUCCAAUGGCAUCGAUAGUAGAUCAUAGUGUCAACACAGAAUUGAGUAAAAUAUCGAGAACAGAUGAUACACAGAGAAAUGUGACAGGCACUGAUCAUGGUACAAAUCGGGAUCAACCUUACGAGUCAAAUUUCGUACAGCUAGUUGCUGUCGCAAGCAACGAUGAAAAUUUGACUUUAUCACAUUCUAUGACAGUAAGAAGAUCGACUUGUACAAAGAAUGAACGAAUUGAUUGCACUUCUAUACAGGCAGAGAGUGUAGCAUGUAACUCUGUUUUGUCCAAUACAGUAACUUCAAGCACGUCUGGGUCAACAAGGAAGAGUAAAAUAUGUGGCACAGGAAAGCGAUGCGAUGCUUCUGUUGAAAGAAGAAAACAGAAAACUUAAAAAAGCACUUGCUGCUUCAGUUUCUGAGACGAAGUUACUAAAACGUCGAUUGGCAACAAUAAAUAAGCGAAGAAAAACAACUGCAGCAAAAUGUUGCAAAAAAAGUUAAAAACAUGCUUAGUCCCUUCUUUACACCGGCUCAAAUAAGAAUGUACAUGAACACAAAACAGCAGAAGAUCCGCUGGUCUCAAGAAGAUAUUGCCGCAGCAAUAUCAUUCAAGAGCAUCAGUCCAAAAGCAUAUAGAUAUAUUAGGAAGUUGAAGCAGAUUCCCUUGCCUGCACCGUCCACUCUUCGCAAGUGGAUUUCUGAUUUUAACAUCAACGAAGGCAUUCUGACUGACGUUUUGUCCAUAAUAAAAGUGAAAACUAGCAGGAUGACGCGGAAUGGAGAGAUCAACAGUAAUUUGUUUUGAUGAGAUUUAUUUAACAAAUCAAAUGCAAAUCGAAAGAAAAACUGAACGAGUCGUUGGUCCUCACAAAAGGUGUCAAGUGCUUAUUGCACGCGGAAUAUUUAAAAAGUGGAAACAGCCCGUUUAUUACGGGUUUAACCAGGAUGUAACAAAAGAUUUAUUAAUAGACGUCAUAACCCAAUUACAUGCAAGUGGUUACACUGUUUUUGCUAUGACGAGCGACCUAGGUAAUGCCAAUCAAAAGUUAUGGAAAUCAUUGAAUGUUGGACACGAUGAACAUCACAAGACAUAUUUCAUGCAUCCUUGUGAAGCUUCUGUCAAGAUCUAUGUAUUCGCUGAUGUUCCACACCUCGUAAAGUUACUACGUAAUCAUUUCCUAGAUUCCGAGUUUCACAUAGAUGGACAUCACGUAACUUCUGCCGCUCUGUCGAGGCUCUUGCAAAUUAACAGUGGCGAGUUAAAAAUUGCGUUUAAAUUAUCUGAAACUCAUUUAAACGUAACCGGACCACAACGCCAAAACGUCAAGCUUGCUACUCAGCUAUUUUCAGCCACAAAUGCGGCUGCGAUCGAAUGGUGUGGUUCGCGUGGAAUCAUGGAUGCUUGUCUCGAAUGGGAAAAAACCGCUGCGUUCGUAAGAAUGGUGAAUGAUUGGUGUCUUCAAUGAUUUGAUGUCUUCAACAGCGUUGGAAAAUACGGAGCUCAUCCUGGAAUACAUGGUUAUGGCGUAGAUCUUUAUCAACAAAAUGAAGUUCUUCGAAAAAUGACGUCAACAAUUACAGAAAUGAGAGUCGGCAAAUGGAAGACGUUGGUUCCAUUUCAAAAGGGAAUUAUCAUUAGUAAUUCUUCGCUGGUAAAUCUUUUCAAUGACUUAAAAGAAAGGUUCUACCCUGACAUGUCUUAUAUUAUGACAAAUCGUUUGAAUCAAGACGUGCUUGAAAAUUUGUUUUCCUACUUGCGAGCAAUGGGAGCUACAAACGAUAAGCCAACAGCCUUGGAUAUUCGUUAUCGAUUGAGAAGGUAUAUACCAUGGUAGAAGUAAUAAGGUGUGCUUAUGCGCACGUUUCUUGCAAUAUCCAAUCACAGAACGUAACAGAAGUCAGCCAUGUUUUGCACUUUUGACUGUGUACUAACUCACGGAAACACACCGACACAAGAAUCUAUUUGUAUGAGUUCAAAAUGGACGAUUUUUGUCACGAUGCGCAGAACAGACGAAAAUGUGUCCGCAAUACGAGCACACCUUAUUACUUCCACCAUGGUAUAUACUAGGAAAGCAUUCCGCAGAUUUUUUUACAGUGGGGAGUGACACAAGUGCUGGCGACGAUUCCAUCUUUGAAGUGUGCCUAACUAGUGGGAUUGACGAAGAUUUCAUAAUAACAGAUACUCAUACGAAGCAACCAAGUGAUAAUGAGAGUAGUUUCAGCAAUGUUGCGCGUGAAGACUGUGACGAAGAAAGUGAUGAAUAUAAGAGUGAUCUUCGCUGUGGUAACAUCGUCAUUCCAAAUAAAUUACAAGACUUAAAGAUAUCAAUUACACUCAAAUCUCAGAAGAAUUAGAUUUACUUCAACAAUUCGAAGAAUUCAACAAUGGUACAAUUUGUGAAGAUGAAGGACUGAAAUACGUUGCUGGAUACGUAGCAUUCAAAUUUAGAAAUAAAUAUCCAUCUUUGGGAACGUGUACUGCAAUGUCCACGAACACCGAGGAUGAUUGGAUUAGCUAUAUAUCUAGAGGACGACUUAUUACUCCUUCAGUUUCUUUACUGAACGUUGCGAACGUAAUGAAUGUGGAAUUUGAAAAAUUUCACGGAGCAGGAACAUUGCAGAAAGGUCCUUGGAUUUUUAAAACUGUUACUGAGAAAGUAUUAAAACGAAUGAUGGAAAAAGAUAUUCCUAGUGAAGUUGUGUCUUGUUUAGUACGAACGCGAACAUACAUAAGAAUGAGGAUACUGAACAAAAAUAUUUCCACAGAAAGCUCUAAAUUAAAAACAAAUAAGAAACUGUCAAUAUUCACAAACAAAAAAGUUUAUAAAUUUUAAAUUUAUUUGCGUUGCAAAAUAGUCGUUAUAACUGUGAUAUGUGAUGUUACAGAUGUUUUAAUCGUUUUGUUACUUUCGUUUUAAACUCGAAAUGUUAUCCGUUUCAUUGUAAUAUGAUAGCAUUUAUAUUACAAUUUAAUUCAUGUUCUUGUAAUAUGUCCUUGUCAUUCGUUUCGUUACUUUCAUUUUAUGUUCUAAAUUUUAUUUGUUUCAUUGUAAUAUGAUGUGAUUUACAUUAAAAUUAAUUAAAAUAAUAAUAUUUAAUAAAUAAUAUUUUUACAAACUGUAAUGGUAUGUCAUUUUAUAUUAAUUAAUUUUACAAUCUACUUUUCAGAGAAUAAGAAGUGACAAAAUAAGCGAAAAGCGAUAAAUAAUUCAUUUCUUAAUAUGCAACAAUUUUGCGACAUCAUUUUUCAAACUUUUAGUGCAAGAUGUAACAAACAGUAUAAAUCGAAAUUAUUUCACCAUUAA